ACUCCAGUAUCUCAAAAUGUAUAAACAUUUUAGAAUAAAAAUACAUUUCUGUAUUAUAAAUUAUACAGAAAUGUCCACUGGAGAAGAGCUCUCUAAUCAGCGAAUUAACUCAAAACACCUGCGAAGGUUUCUGAGGCCUUUAAUCUCUGUCUGGUUCUGAUGUCCACAAUGAACUUUUCCCUCAGUAUUCUAAUUUUUUGAGAUGCUCUUCUAAAAGAUGCCUCAGUGUUUUAAUGUUGACAGCACUAUUAUGUCACAUAAGUGGGAGAAAUGGAACAAGGGAGACGGUCUUUAAAUGUUUUUGUGUUGUCCUCUUAGAGACAAUUUUAUCAGCUGUCAAAUGUCCAGUAGCCAAGUUGUUCUAGUAACAUUACUUACACUUAAAGUAGGCGUGGAGGCAUCAGAUCCUCAACAAGAAUCUUGUGACCAAUAUAAAAGGUACCUUUCUCUUGAACACAAAUACAUACAAUAUAAAUAUAAUAAUAUUAUAGUAAUAUAAUAUUAUAAUACCUAUUAAGGAACUGUUUUGGUCAAAGGUCAAAUUUCACAGAAAUCUUAACUGUUUAUUUAGUUUUCACUGUUGCAAGGGGUUUUUAGACUGUAAUUUCCCCAAGUUGGUACAGUAAAAUGUUGUGAUGUAUGUACCACUGAUAGUAGAGGACACUGUGAAGCAGAAGAUAUGUAAAUUGGUGGUGUCACCUAUUAAGGAACUGUUUUGGUCAAAGAAAUGUUAACUGUCUAUUAAGUUUUUGCUGAUGUAGGGGUUUUUAGAGUGCAAUAUCUCAUAGUUGGUACAGUAAAAUGUUAUGAUAUAUGUACCAGUAAUAGUAGAGGACAAUAGGAAGGAGAUGAUAUGACAACGAUCGUGUCACUUAUUAAGGAACUGUUUUGGUAAAAGGCCAAAGUUCACAGAAAAUGUUAACAUGUUUACAUAUUGCUGUUGGAGGGAAUUUUUAGAGUGCAAUAUCUCAUAGCUGGUACAGUAAAACAUUAUAUUUGUACCAGUGAUAGUAAAGGACACUAGAAAGGAGAAGCCAUGACAAUGUUGAACUAGCUUAACUGCUGAGGAAUUAGGCUGGUGAAAGGUCAAAUUUCAUAUAAAUUAUGUUCACAUAAUAAAAAAGAAAAGGUUUUUUUUGUAUUUGCAUUAAUAACAAAUAAUAAUAAAUUAUACUACUAUUAUCAUUAUUGUUAUUAGUAAUAUUAUUAUAUUUAUGUUGUAUGUAUUUGUGUUCGGAUAAUCACUAAGAACAUCACAAAAAACGCGUACGUAUCUUUCAGGACCUUCGGCUCACUCGCGUUUCGUCCUUACCAUAAUAACACUGCUUUCGGCGCAACAGAAAUCAGACGGCGGCUGACCUGUCCACGGUUUUGCAUUCGGCGGCUCACGUUAUGCAGCCAGCGUCUCUUUUCCACCUUUGUUUGCAAACCAAUAAAUCAAAAUCAACAGUCAAAUAGUCACACAAGUCUCCCCGAUGUCAGCCUGAGAUCGUAUGUUGACAUUAAAUAUAUUGGAAAUAGCAGCCAGCGUGCAGCGGUGUGUUUACGCUAAAUACUGAGUUGUUGUUUUUAGUUUAUCAGUCAGGAGGUUUUUACACAGUCGAAGUCGGUCUCCACCUCUCCAAAACAAGCGGAACAGCUGAUUACAGCAGUCAUCCUUCUCAGAAGUGUGUUCACAGUGUGCGGCGCUACAAGACUCAGCUGGAUUUAAACUGGACUGAUUCCCAACCCUCUGGCCAGAGGAGCAAAGUAGUGACUAACGCUUCAUCUGAAUAGCAUGGAUGUCUCAGAGGACGACUACUAUUACCAUGAAAACAUCAGUUUCAACUUCAGCUAUGAUGACUACCCCACCCUCUGUGAGAAGGGUGAUGUCCGUUCCUUCGCAGCCCUCUUCCUACCGAUCAUGUAUACCGUGUGUCUGGUGGUGGGACUGGCUGGAAACACCUUAGUCGUGGCUGUCUACGCCUACCACAAACGCCUCAAGACCAUGAUGGACACCUUCCUGACCCACCUGGCUGUGGCCGACCUGCUCCUGCUCUUCACGCUGCCUUUCUGGGCUGCUGAUGCGGCGAGGGGCUGGGAGCUGGGCGAGGCGGUAUGUAAGAUCGUGUCGGCCUGCUACACAGUCAAUUUCACCUGCUGCAUGCUGCUGCUGGCCUGCAUCAGCAUGGAUCGCUACUUGGCAUUAGCCAGGGCGCACGGUGAGGACCGAAGAGGGCGGCUGCAGAGGAUAUUCACCAGGAGACACUGUUGGAAGGUGUGUUUAGUUGUUUGGGCGACAGCUUUCAUGCUCGGUCUUCCUGAUUUAAUACUCUCAGAAGUGAGAUGGGCGUCUAAUCGGAGCGUGUGUAUGGCCAUCUACCCUCCAACAAUGGCUGGAGUGGGGAAAGCUGCACUGGAGAUGACAGAGGUGCUGCUGGGAUUCCUGCUUCCUCUCCUGGUUAUGGUGAUCUGUUACUGGAGCGUAGGCCGAGCACUAAAGGUGCUCCCCAUCGAGAGCAGAGGCAAGAAGUGGAAGGCUCUACGUGUUCUCCUGAUAGUAGUGGGGGUGUUUGUGGUCACUCAGCUGCCUUAUAAUGUGCUGAAGUUGUAUCGAGCGAUGGACUCAGUCUACGCCUUAGUGACCCACUGUGGUACGAGUAAAUUGUUGGACCAGACGGCUCAGGUGACUGGGAGCUUGGCCCUCACUCACUGCUGCCUCAACCCGAUCCUGUACGCCUUCAUGGGGUCCUCCUUCAGGCAGCACAUGCUGAAAGUGGCCAAGAAGUUUGGCGAGAAGAGGAGGAAGAGGAGGCCAAAUCCUGCAGAGGAAGGCAUGGAUAUGUCAUUUAACUCCCACAGUGCAUCCCAAGAGACAAACACAUUCUCAAUAUGAGUUACCACUUGUGGCACUAUGUUGGAAAGUCAUUAAGUUGUACAUAUUUUUGACGUUUUAACUCUCAAUUCCCUGCACACCAUAAACAGGAGGUUGUUACUGUUAAGUCUUUUCCUCCUCCAGUUUAUUAAAAAUUAGUUCAAGCAAUAUAUACAUUUUUUUUGUCUCUGUCUGUACUUUCAAGCAAUAAAGAACAGUAUGUUUUUUUUCUCUCAA